AUGGAGUUUGGAGCCACUGGAAAUGGCACCAAUGAUGACUCACAAGAUGUUUUAAAUGACAACAAUGGUGUGUUAAGGGCUUGGAAAAAUGUAUGUGGAAGCAAAGCAGGCAGACCAGUCCUGAAAUUCCCAGCUGGAAGAACAUACUUGCUUAAGCCAAUGUUGUUCCAAGGUCCUUGUGUCUCCAACAGUGUUCUAAUUCAGAUUGAUGGAUAUAUCAGAGCACCAUCAAGUAUUUAUGAGUGGAUAGGGUUUGAGCGUGGAAGUUGGCUGCAUUUCUUGAACAUCAAUGGUCUCAUAGUCAGUGGAAAAGGGACCUUCGAUGGUUAUGGUCAUAUUUGGUGGAACAUUACUAAAAAGGGAGGUAGCAUCAAAGCACCUGCGGGUAUCAACCAAUCUUGUAGCCCUAUGCAUGUGUAUCGCGAGGUUGGUCAGCAGCCUACAAAUGUUGCUACUUUGCAGGCUGUCGACCAAUCCUGCAGUCCUAUGCAUGUGAAUCGUGAGGGUCUAGGAUUUCACCAUUGCAACAAUCUUCAACUAUAUGGAUUCACUUCUAAGAACAGUCCAAACAAACACAUCACUAUUCAGGGCUGCAUUGGAGUGACUGUCUCCAACAUUCAUAUACAAGCACCUAAAACCAGUCCCAACACUGAUGGAAUCAUGAUCUCUACCUCUUCCCAAAUCAAUAUCAAUGAAUCUUUUAUUGCCACUGGUGAUGACUGUAUUUCUAUUAAGAGUGGCUCCUCCUACAUCAACAUAACACAUAUAGCCUGUGGCCCAGGUCACGGUAUUAGUGUUGGAAGCUUAGGAGUUGUACAAACCCCUAGCACAGUGGAACAAGUGCAUGUUAAAAAUUGCACCUUUAAUGGAACUUCAAAUGGUGCUCGAAUCAAGACAUGGAGUACCGGAGUUGGGUACGCAAGGGCCAUCACCUUUGAGCACAUAACGCUCAUAGCUUCACAAAAUCCAAUUAUUAUUAAUCAGGAUUAUACUGAUCUUAAGGAUGGUGCAAUCAAAAUAAGUGAUGUGACAUAUAGAGGGUUUGUGGGAACAUCACUAACUGAGGAAGCAAUCACAUUGGAUUGUGCCAAAUUAGGUUGCAAUGGCAUAGUAAUGGAGAAGAUCAACUUGGUUUCAGCCUUGCCUGGCAAGAAAGUGACGUCGUUUUGUAAAAAUGCUAAUGGGAAACUCAAGUCUACUUCCCCUAAUGUCCCUUGUCUAGCCAAAGAAUCAUAA